AUCGACCUGUCCAUACACUGAAGACUAUUAUGAGCCAUAUCUAUGCUCAGCUCCUAUAAAGUACAAGUAUGCCAAUUAUUCCAAUGCUAAUUAUAACAAGACAGGCAAAACCACUUUGAAAUUCCGAUUGAUCAACCAACGGGCAGAUUUUGCAUUUGCUUUGUUCUCUGGUGGCCUGUCAAGCCCAAAAUUGGUGGCAAUUUCUAAUGCUAUAGUUUUCGCAAAUCCGAAGGCACCACUUUACCCUCGUCUUGCUCUGUCCAAGAACUGGGAUGAAAUGACAGUAACAUGGACAAGCGGCUAUGACAUUAGCGAAGCUGUACCUUUUGUUGAGUGGGGUCUCAAGGGAGAAGCUCAAGUUCGAUCUCCAGCAGGAACAUUGACAUUUCCUCGAGGAAGCAUGUGUGCUGAACCAGCACGAACAGUUGGUUGGCGCGAUCCUGGUUUCUUCCACACAAGUUUUUUAAAGAAUUUGUGGCCUAACUCAAAGUACACUUACAAGCUUGGUCAUAGGUUAUACAAUGGUUCCUAUAUCUGGAGCAAAUCCUAUGCUUUUACAGCACCACCAUAUCCAGGGCAGAACUCGUUACAGCGCAUUAUUGUGUUUGGUGACAUGGGAAAGGCUGAACGUGAUGGUUCAAAUGAAUACGCUGAUUAUCAGCCAGGCUCACUCAACACCACAGAUUCACUGAUCAAGGACCUAGACAACUUUGACAUAGUUUUCCACAUAGGAGAUAUGCCCUAUGCCAAUGGAUACUUGUCACAGUGGGAUCAGUUCACAUCGCAGGUGGAGCCUAUUGCAUCAGCUGUGCCGUAUAUGGUUGCAAGUGGCAACCACGAACGAGAUACACCAAACACUGGCGGCUUCUAUGACACUAAUGAUUCGGGUGGUGAAUGUGGAGUGCCAGCUGAGACUAUGUUUUUUGUUCCUGCUGAUAACAGGGCUAAGUUCUGGUAUCAAGCAGAUUAUGGCAUGUUCCACUUCUGUAUCGCUGACACUGAGCAUGACUGGAGGGAAGGUUCUGAGCAGUACAAAUUUAUUGAGAAAUGCCUAGCAGCAGCUGACAGGAACAAACAGCCUUGGCUGAUAUUCGCAGGUCAUCGUGUUCUUGGCUAUUCCUCUAACUCCUGGUAUGGCCAGGAGGGUUCAUUUGAAGAGCCUAUGGGAAGAGAUGAUAUGCAAAAGCUUUGGCAAAGGUACAAGGUGGACAUUGCAUUUUAUGGCCAUGUCCAUAACUAUGAAAGAAUAUGCCCCAUUUAUCAGAACCAAUGUGUAAAUUCAGAACUAUCCCAUUAUUCAGGAACUGUGAAUGGAACAAUUCAUGUUGUUGUUGGUGGAGGCGGCAGCCACUUAUCAGAUUUUAGUACACUCAAGACAGUUUGGAGCGUUUACCAGGAUCUUGACUUUGGCUAUACAAAACUCACAGCAUUUAACCACUCUUAUCUUCUCUUUGAGUACAUGAAGAGCAGUGAUGGGAAGGUCUACGAUUCCUUCACUAUCUCAAGGGACUACAGGGAUGUGUUGGCCUGUGUUCAUGAUGGCUGUGAACCGACCACUUUGGCUACAUGAUUUAAGUGUCAUCUCACUUUCUUUUUCUUUUCUGAUCAAACAUUGUAUGCAUGUUUGACGAGAAAAUUGGCAUUUAAUUAUUGAAGCUGUUCAGUUGUAGACAGAACAAGCGCUGACCGGUGAGCUUUCUGGUAUUCUCUAUCAAUGAAUAAACUCCUAAUUUCCUGAUA